ACUGUGUCUCAUAAAUUUCAUUUCUUUUUCGGUUUUAUUUACUUGUUCAUUCCCUCGUUGUUCUUCUGUUUCCGUGACACUUCACCGAAGAAAAAUGGGGAGAAAACCCAGUGCUUCCAAGAACUCUUCCAUCGACAAGGUUCCCAUUGCCAUGUUCUCUUUGAAGCAUGGAAACCCUUCUCUGGAGAGGGUGGUACCACAACCUUUCACUGGGAACAUUACAUCACCAGGGCCAGUAGACCCAAACUCAAACUGCAUGCGUUCUCCACUGAGGUGUCCAAAUCCCCCGGUGGAUGGAGCUGUAAUGCAUAAUGCAAGAACCCCGGUGCAACAGCAAGUGAACCAACCUUGGCUUUCAUAUACUAAGAAAAAAUCUAAAUCCCAUAGUUCAUAUGUGAGGCGUUCUGAGCGCAUUAAAAGUGCAGUUGUUCAUACUGAUAAAAAAAUUCGUGGAAUUCAAUAUAUUGAAGAUGGAGACAGUGAAAAAGAUGAACCAGAUGCUCAAAUGGAACAAGUAUUGUCUGAGCUAGGGCCACAAGUACAACCAGAACCAGAACCUGAGCAUGAGCCCGAGCCCGAUCCCGAGCCUGCUGCAGAAAAUUCAUACUUGAAGAGUUUGGAUGAAAAAGUUGAAAGUAUCUUGCGGAGAAUAGAAGCUCUUGAAAAUUUAAAAUUCAAGGUUGAUGGAAAUGCUGGCCCAUAUGAAGCUCCAUCUGCUACAACUAAUGAUUAUCUGAGCUUGUAUAUUGAAUCACAGAAGAAGGUUGAAUCUUUAACUGCAAAGUUGGAAAAUGCUCUUGGAAAAGUUGAAGUGUAUGAGAAAGAGAAUCAGGUUUUGACUGAUGUUUUGGAUAAGAUGAAGGAUGCCAUUAAUGCUUCUAUGGUUUCAAAUCUGUCAAAAGCUACUGAAGCGGCUGUGAAUGCAUCAUCCCAAGCAAUCCGCACUGCAUGUUCAGCUAAAAGAAAGAGAGAUGCUCAAGAAACUUGAAGGGACCUCACAAUUAUUGCUACUGCAGCAGUACAUUUGCUUGUACAUCCUAUAACCCUAGAAAUAGACUAGCGUUUUAACCUGGAAAUUAUUGUCAAGUACUGCUUGAAUUUCUAUUGCCUAGUUUGAUGACUGUGUAAUGUCUACUGUCCUUUUAGCUUUUAUGAACAACUUCUGGGGUAAUAUACUAAUAUCUCCCGUGUUGAGGCCUAAGAUAAGUAUUAACAAA